UUUAUUAUUUGUGCAUUGUUUCUAUAUCUCAGAUUGACAGCGCAUUUAAGAUGAUUUCGUAUUGAUGUUCGGACAUAGGCAUUAGGCAGUUUUGCUGUAUAGAGUAGAGCGAUGAGAGGGCAUAGGAAUUAUAUGUAUUGACUGGUGUCAGUGCAGUGUAACAGAAGAGCACAGUGUUUCAGGCAAUUCCAGGUUUGACAGUAGAGGGUUGACAUGACUGCAGAGCCAUACAGUGCAUCAACCCUUUCUCCAUUCUUCAUGAUUAAUUAGAUGUGUUUGUGGCGUAUUACUUCCUAGAUACUUGAAUGUGCUUUUAUAAUAGUAAAAUUGAUUAUGUAACAGGUGUCAUAAGUUAUAAUAUUGCAAUUUAAACGAUCACUAGUUAUGUAAAUGGUAUAGGAUGUAACAAUCUUAUAUAACCCUAUAUAUAUGUUUACGUUUCUGAGCGUAAGCUGAAAUCGUACCUUGAAUUUUCUGUGAGGAUAUUUACAUACUCAGGGAAGGAAGGUUUUUUUCUGCCAUCCUAUAGAAAAUGCCUUGCACCUGUGGCAACUGGAGAAGAUGGAUUCGCCCUCUCGUUGUUGUGCUGUAUGUUGUUGGACUGAUAAUAGGAAUUCCAGUAUGUAUAUGGCAAUUACAGAAGAUGGGGGCGGGUGUGCACACUAAGGCUUGGUUUAUUGCUGGGCUAUUUGUGCUUAUGACAAUACCUAUAUCGCUCUGGGGAAUAUUGCAACAUCUGGUUCAUUAUACACAGCCUGAAUUGCAGAAACCAAUCAUAAGGAUAUUGUGGAUGGUGCCCAUUUACAGCAUAGACAGUUGGGUUGCUCUGAAAUAUCCUGAUAUUGCAAUAUACGUAGACACCUGCAGAGAAUGCUACGAAGCAUAUGUUAUCUACAACUUUAUGAUUUUCCUCUUUAACUUUUUAACAAAUCGAUGUCCAAAUCUGGCACUAAUCCUUGAAGCCAAAGACCAGCAGAAACAUCUGCCUCCUCUAUGCUUCUUUCCUCCAUGGGCAAUGGGAGAUGUAUUGCUGUUCAGAUGUAAGCUGGGCGUACUACAGUAUACCGUGGUUAGACCAGUUACCACCAUAAUUGCUCUGAUCUGUCAGCUGACUGGUGUUUAUGGAGAGGGUGACUUCAGUGUAAAAAAUGCCUGGACUUAUUUAGUUAUAAUCAACAACAUGUCACAACUGUUUGCAAUGUACUGUCUAGUUCUGUUUUAUAAAGUACUAAAAGAAGAACUGAGCCCAAUACAACCAGUAGGAAAGUUUCUUUGUGUAAAGUUGGUGGUGUUUGUAUCUUUUUGGCAAGCUGUAUUCAUUGCACUCUUGGUUAAAGCUGGUGUUAUUUCUGAAAACAGUACCUGGGACUGGAAGAGUGUGAAAGAUGUGGCUACAGGGCUACAGGACUUUGUGAUUUGUGUUGAAAUGUUCCUGGCUGCUAUUGCUCAUCAUUUUAGCUUCUCAUAUAAGCCUUAUGUGCAAGAGGCUGAAGAGGGCUCCUGCUUUGAUUCCUUCUUGGCAAUGUGGGAUAUUUCUGAUAUACGAGCAGAUAUAUCAGAGCAAGUUCGCAAUGUUGGAAGAACAGUACUUGGCAGACCCAGAAAAAUGUUUUUCCCUGAUGAUUUGGAACAAAACGAGCACACUAGCUUGUUGUCCUCUUCUACUCAGGAUCCAGCAUCUGCAGUCUCCUCUAUGCCUACAUCUCCAUCGGGCCGUUACAAAGGAUUUGGUCAGACGAUAACCCCUCAAACUACACCCACUACAGAAGGAAUUCCUGAGGAACUUUAUAGUGCUGACAGUCCUGAGUUAGAAUCACAGGAACCUGUAUCUGAUCCCGGCAACCAUGUGUCAGAUGAGUGCAGCAAGACUUUGGAGUCCUAACCUUUGUGGUGCCUAACAAACUUCUGUAUUUCUUUCUCUUUGCAUUUCGCACAACCGACAGUAAUUGAUAACUCUGACACUUGAGCAAAACAAGAGUUGCCAAAAUGUCUCCUUUACUAAUUGCCAAAACAAAUGAAAGAUAGCCACCGGGGCUUCAAUUGCCUGUUACAGAUUUUCUUUUUUUUGUUCUUCUGGGGCUAGAUCACAGUGGACAUUUUUGUUCUGGAGUCUAUUUGUUCAUUUUACAACUUCAAUACAAUCUAGCUAGUACUCUUUAAUUUUAAAAUAAGUUAUCCAGAGUAUGAAGGUUGGUACACUAAGAUGAAGGAAACACUACUGUGAGUGCUAUAUUGUUUACAAGUUCAUAAAGCAUUCACAUGGUAUAAUAUCAAUGGUUUAAUAAAUAUCCUUUAAGUUAUGAUAGAUAAUUCUGAGGAAAUCCUCUUGUGUUUAGAAAAUCACAAACAUUAAUUAAAAUAUACUUUUAUUUGUCCAACUAAAUCAACAAUUUAAAGGGACACUGAACCCAAAAAUUUUCAAUUUUUAGCAACUUUCUAAUUUACUCCUAUUAUCAAUUUUUUCUUCGUUCUCUUGCUAUCUUUAUUUGCAUCUAAGUUAUUUUUUUUUUGUUCAGCACUUGUUUAUUGGUCAGUUAAAUCAAUCCACCAAUCAGCAAGAACAACCCAGGUUGUUCACCAAAAAUGGGCCGGUAUCUAAACUUACAUUCUUGCUUUUCAAAUAAAGAUACCAAGAGAAUGAAGAAUAUUUUAUAAUAGGAGUAAAUUAGAAAGUUGCUUAAAAUUGCAUGCUCUUUCUGAAACACGAAAGAAAAAAUUUGGGUUCAGUGUCCCUUUAAGUUACGACUUAUAGGUGUCUUAAUUUGGCAUGGUGUCUAAAAGUUGUCACAAUUUUUCUGUCUAGCCAAAUAAAGGUUUUAUUUAAAGGGACAGUAAA